UUUAUAUUCAAAAAACAAUAUUGAAUAUAAUAAUAUUAUCGUUUUUGCUUUUUGUGAUUUAAUAUUUAUUAAAAUUUAUAUUUUAUAGUCACUCCAUCUGUCGCAAAUGCAUGCCACGCUAUAACGUUCAUGUUUUACAUUUCUAUGAAUUGCCCAUACCGAUGCCAUAAUUGAUAUCAAUCAUAUCACGGCCACUGUAAGAUGUUCUCGAAAAAAGUGAAAUUGUGUUGCAGGUUUUGUUUUACAGACCUUUGGCUCGAGCAUACGUUUAUCAAGUGCGCGACCACUGCCUGUAUAGAGUUAGGCGUUAGUCUUUGCCUUCAAUGUUUUGCAGCUGGUACCGCAGAUAAUGUUCAUAAGAACACGGAUCCGUAUCAAGUUCUGUGUAACGCCAUUGACAUUGGUGACCACUUGUGGGCAGCUCAUGAAGAAAUCACAUUACUCGACACAUACAUGGAUACUAUGUCAUGGGAUAAAGUUGCUAGGAAACUAGGUAGAUCACCAAAAGAAUGUGAAUGUCAUUACUUUGAUAAUUAUGUACUUUAUCCAAAAAUCAAAGGUCUAGAAUGUGUGAACAAAAAUGCAUUUAGAUUUGAUAGAUUUGAUAACAUGAAUAAAAAUAUGACAAACGCUAUUGGUGAUACAUUGGAUUUAGAAGAAUCACACCAUCAAUAUGAAUUAGCUAUUCGUUUAGCUGGCUAUCAACCAGCACGGGGAUCUUUUGAAGAAGAAUAUGAUAACCAAGCUGAAUGCAUUUUACAAUUAUUAGAUGAACCAACAUGGAUUGAUCAAGAAUCAAAAACCAUUUUAGAAUCAAAUGUAUUUUACAAACGGCUGAAUACAACCAUUUUUGACAUUUUUAAUGAGAGGCUGCAUGAACGUUAUAGAAGAAGAGAAAUUGUUAAAGACUAUGGACUUAUUGCGUUUAAUAAACACCAGUUAUGGAUUAAGUCUAUGGAGAUGAUAUUGGGUCCAGAAAUGAUGCGAAGAUUAAUUCGUUAUUUACACCUAAUAAAACCACUGGCUUUUGAUUUACUUAUUACCAAUCUUAAACAAGAGCAUGAAUUGUUAGCUAAAAUUCAUAAGCUUAUUGUUUAUCGUAAAAACGGUUUAACUAAAAUAGCUCAAAUAAAUAUUUAUAAAGAAUUAAGUGCCAAAAGAGAAGAAUAUUUAAAAAUAAGGCCAUUGGGAUCAUCUACAUCAAGAAUUAUUGAAAAUUCAAAGCCUCGUAUGAAUGUUUGUAAUCUACCAGGUUUCCAAAAACUUGAUGAUGAUGAGAGGGAACUUUGUGCACUGAUUAAAAUGUUACCAGAAUCAUAUUUGAAAUUUAAAGAAUUACUUAUAAACGAGUGUGAAAAAUCAAAAGGUAUAAUUUUAAAAACUGCUAGAAGUUUGGUAAAAAUUGAUGUUAACAAAACAAGAAAAAUUUAUAACUUACUGAUGGGUAAAAAUAUUAUAUGGCAACAUUCUCAAGACUGAUUUUAUUAUUUUUCAAUUAAAAGAUAUUUGUUGUUCAUAUUUUAUAUAUCAUUGUUGUGUUUAAUUGUUUGAAAUAAACUAAGUAUUUGUUUAAAUAAAUGUUAUAAUUAAAAUUUAACAAUAAGUUAAUUAACUAUGUAAUUAACUCAAAUUAUUUUCUUUUAUACAAAAUAUGUACAUAUACAUUUAAUUAUUAAAUAUAGUGAAAUUAUAAAACUUAAAAUAUUAUGUUGUUGA